GUGGUUUCUGCGGCUGACCAGUGUUUAUAAAUACGGCGCGCGGACGUUGUCUCCAGCCGACUGCCUUCGAGACCACCGCAAAUGACAGUUCGCAGGAGCAUCGAGGACAGAGACGGGGGCGUACGAGCAGCUAUGAUGGGCGCGCGCAAGCGGCUGGAGAGCUGGCGGGAGGGUGGUGUGUGCUGGUCCGUCGCCGCCACUAUCGCCCUCGCAGAGUUCCUGGGCACGGCGCUCAUGGUGUUCUUCAUCUGCAUGUCCGGCGUGGUGGGGCUGUCCGACGAGCGGCUGUCCGGCUUCCAGCAGGCGGUGGCCGCCGGCUGCACAGUGUCCGUCGUCAUCCAGAUAUUCGGCCACAUCAGCUCGGCGCACUUCAACCCGGCCGUGACCUUGGCCGCCGUGGUGCUGGGGAAGGUCAGCCUGCCCAUGGCGGGAGUCUACCUGCUGGCGGAGUGCGGCGGCGCGAUCGUCGGCUACGGCUUCAUGCAGGUGCUGGUACCGCUGCACGUGCUCAGCCACGCGGCGCCCAACGGGUCGUGCUGCGCGCUGUGCGUGACUGCGCCGCACGAGGGACUGUCCCUGCCGCAGUCACUGGUGCUGGAGGGCGUGGCUACCGCCUUCCUCGUCCUCAUGGUGUGCUCGUGCUGGGACGACCGCAACGCCGCGCGCCAGGACUCCGUCGCGCUCAAGUUCGCCUUCCUUAUCAUCGCCGUCUCCUCCAUCCUGGGGCCGAUGACUGGGGCAAGCAUGAACCCCGCCAGGACUCUGGGGCCUGCUGUGUGGACAAACCGCUGGGAACACCACUGGAUCUACUGGGCCGGCCCCAUGCUGGGAGCUGCCGUCGCCUCGUCGGGCUACAGGCUGGUCUUCUCCGCAACCCCGGACCGCCCGCAAGAGCUGGACCUGCCGACGAGUCCAGGGGCCGCUGCCAAGGCGGCGGAGUCCCGCGCGAGGGAGUCGGCAGUCCCCUGAGGCCGGCGCGUUAAGGCUCUUCACCUCACGCGCCCAGUCUUCUUGCGUCGGGAGCCGGACGUCGCCCCGUUAAGGCUCUUCAGUCACGCGCGCGCCGUGGUUUCUUGGUCAUUGCUCUUACUUGAAAUCCUUUGACCUGCAAUUCUGUUUUUAACACUUAAGGCUCUUAAGCAUUUUUGUGUUGAAACUUCUCAAAAAAACCAUUUUCUCUACACAAAAAUCACACCAAAAUCCUUCAGUGAAAUUGUAAAUGACCUGGAAACUCGUGACAGAAGCCAACUCGGCGUGUAAAGACAGUGGCUUACAUCUGUGUGCAGCUACUGCUCUGUAUCGACGUAGUUGUUUUUUUUCUUCUUCCCCUACACUUUUGCAUUUAAUUAGGAGAUUUUAAGAUCUGGUGGGCGGACGGUAUCUUCCUUGGAUUUUCGAUGUUCCCCCACACGCAAGUUGGAGACUUCCUUUCCCACCCCCCUUGUUCUCUUUAAGUCCCCUGUAGAUGGUGGUUUUUAUAUUCACACGUGUAGUUUUAUAGUGUUUGUAUUCUACUGCGUACCUUUAAGGCGUCGUUGGUGCUCAUGCACGCUCUAGGAUAUACCUGUUGGUUGUCCAGAUUUUUUACAUUCAGUAAAACUUACGUACUGAAUCACCAAGUGAUAUUUUAUCAUGUUUUAAAUUUAAAUUUGUUUAUUUAUGUAAAAUAUUUUAAAUGUUAUAAAGUUUUACGCUUUUAUAUAGUUGUUUUUCACAAAGUAUGUACUUUUUCACUAUUUACGUAGAUAAAUUUUUAGUGAAUGUUGAAUUUGUGUAGUUAUAGUACUACGGUCUGUAAUUUUAAUACUCACUGGAGUUGUCUUGUAUAUAGUUGUCACCGUGUUUAUAAAAGUACAAUAAAGAUUAAAAAAACAUAAUUGGAGACUCACGUCACAGUUUUUCUGCACAUUAAGAAACAAAUGUUUGUGUUUUCAAUGCUAACUUCUGCAGUGCAGUGUCGAAGCGACUUGCUGAAUAAAUUUGUGUCAAUUUUUUGUUUUCAUUACAGAUAUUUUAAAUGAAUGUGUGUAUUGUAAUUAUUUUGCUUUUAAAACGUACAAGGGAAGAGUUAUAUCUGUUAUCUAAAUGGAAAAUUAAGAUUUAUAAAUAAACUAUUUCUAGCGUAAGGCUGCUUAAAAAAGUUACCCCAUAAAAAAACCUGUCUGUAUCUGACGUUGAAUAUAGUGGGAACUCAUACAAAUGCCACAAAUACUUUUUUUUAAUCAUUCAGGCAAUUUUAAAUUUACAGAAUGAAUCCACGAAAAUCAACAAAAUUGAGAUUCUUCUACUAAAGAAUUGAAAUGUUUGCUAUUUUGAUAUAUGGUUUACCUGUAUGAUAAUCAAGUCUGGAAGGCAGGCUGGUAAAAAGAAAAUGAAACAAGUCACUACGAAACACUUCAAAAGGUGGAAGCUUCGACUCUGCUAAAUUUUGAUAUGCAGACUGUACCUUGCUUAUCUAGACUGUGGAUAGUAAGAGUUUAGAGAUCAUUUAUAAGAAAUAAAAUGAACUGUUUAUAA